AUGGGCUCCAUCGUCCUUCCCCAUCUCGAGACCGGCUGGCACGUCGACCAGGCCAUCCUAAGCGAAGACGAGCGUGUGGUGGUUAUCCGUUUCGGCCGCGAUCACAGCCCCGACUGCAUGCGCCAAGACGAAGUCCUCUACCGCAUCGCCGACAAGGUCAAGAAUUUUGCUGUAAUUUACCUCUGCGACAUUGAUAAGGUUCCCGAUUUCAACCAGAUGUACGAGUUAUACGAUGAGUGCACGCUCAUGUUCUUCUUCCGAAACAAACACAUGAUGAUCGAUCUCGGCACUGGCGACAAUAACAAGAUCAAAUGGGUCCUCGAAGACAAACAAGAACUGAUCGACAUCAUCGAGACGGUCUACCGCGGCGCAAAGAAGGGACGCGGUUUGGUGGUCAGCCCGAAGGAUUACUCGACCAGACAUCGCUACUAG